AUGGUGCAUGGAAUAAUGGAGGUUUUGAGAGAAGUAAAAGACCAUAAAAACCUAAGAUGGGUUGUAAUGGGAGACGACGAUUCGGCUUUUGGUGGUGGCGGAAUUAUGUUGAGUUAUCCGUUGGCGAAAGCGUUGGCCGGAGAUAUGGAGAAUUGUUUGAAACGAUACGUGUUUUUAAAUUCCGCUGAUAACACAACAAAGGCUUGUAUUGCAGAUAUUGGAGUUAAUCUCUCACCCCAGAGAGGGAAUCACCAGAUCGAUUUCCGUGGCGAUAUUUCAGGUUUCUUAUCGACCCACUCACUAACGCCGUUACUCUCCCUUCACCAUUUCGACAUGGUGGACCCAAUCUUCCCAGCCAAGGACCGUUUCGAGUCCACGCGCCACCUCAUGACGGCGGCGAAAGCCGACCAGUCAAGGAUGCUGCAGCAAACGAUCUGCUACAACCGCCGGAAUAACUGGUCCUUCUCCAUUUCUUGGGGCUACUCAGCGCAGAUUUACGAGAGAAUAAUGCACCGGAGCUAUUUAUUAAUGCCAAUCGAAACGUUCACGCCGUGGUUAGAGACGCCGAAUCCGCCGGCGUAUAUGUUCAAUACCAGAGGCCGCUCCGGCGAUCCCUGCGAAGCUCCUCACGCUUUCUUCUUCCAAUCAGUCGAGAGAACAACGGCGGCUGAGGACGGCGGCGGAGGAAUUAUCACCACCUACUCUCGGGCGUGGCCGCGCGGCCUUCCGGCGUGUUUGACAAGUGGCAAUCAUUCUGCGGACUUUAUUCACACAAUUCGAGUCUUUUCGCCGGACACCAAACGCACUACGGUUAGUUCGAUUAAACUUUUAAACUGA